AUGUGGGCGCUGUGCUUGUGGCUGAGUAUUGUGGGGGUGCUGCAGCCGGUCGGGGGGCUCCGUCUUCAUCCCGGGUCCCUAGGAGCGGAGUGGACGUACGGUUGGAGGGGUCCUCCUCCGAUGAAGGGGGAUGUAGAGCUGAGUGAGGACGGACAGCUCAGGCUGCAGACUAGGACACCGUGUGAGAGGUUGUCUUCUCUAUCCGAUCCCUUGUUCCUCCAGCUGAGAUCUCGGACAUUGGGGGUCUCCUUAUCUAUCAGGACGGAGGUGUAUGGACAUGGACAAGACUGCUACUUCAAGUACCGGAGGAAGAGUCCCUGUCCGGUGGACUUGGUGUACAGCGAUCAUCCCGGGGUGUCCCGGUGUCUCCCGGCAAUCUAUAACCGCACUCGGGAGCUCUUAGGAUCUGUACUUGGAGUGUCGGGAUGCCAGGUGCAGCGAUCUUCAAUGGUCAGCUGCAUUGUCCCUGGCACCCCGAUGCAUCUGCUGUGCCCGGCUAAUGCUGGAUCACCUAGGAGCUUCCUAGUGCGGGUCAAGAUAGAGCCUAAGGGACAGCAGGGCUGGAGGGGGCCCAGGGGCCACAGGAGGCUUAGGAGGAGCAUCAACAACAGCCCCCAGUUCCAGCUCCAUAACUAUCAGGCUUCUGUGCCCGAGAACGAGCCGGCAGGGACAAGGGUGACCUCUCUGCGAGCCACCGAUCAGGACCAAGGAGAUGCGGGACGGGUGGAGUAUUUCUUGGAGGCUUUGCUUGACAGCAGGUCCUUCGACUACUUUGAGAUCGAUCCCGAGACUGGCACAGUCACCACCACCCAGGCACUGGACAGGGAGACAAAGGACACCCAUGUUUUUAAGGUGACGGCCACAGACUUUGGUUCCCCUAGAAGAUCGGCCUUUACCUUCCUGACGGUGACAGUAAGUGACACCAAUGACCACAUCCCGGUGUUUGAACAAUCGGAGUAUAGAGAGAACAUCAGGGAGAACCUAGAAAUAGGCUACGAGGUGAUGACAGUCAGAGCUACAGAUGGAGAUGCCCCCUCUAAUGCCAACUUGCUGUACAGGCUGGUCAUUGCUGAUGGAGUGAACUCAAUCUUUGAAAUAGACCCCAGGUCUGGGGUGGUGAGGACCAAGGGGCAGGUGGACAGGGAGACAGUUACCGACUACCAGCUUAUAAUAGAGGCCAACGACCAGGGCAAGGACCCAGGACCUAAAAGUGCCACAGCCACUGUGUACAUCUUUGUAGAAGAUGAAAAUGAUAACUACCCCCAAUUUACAGAAAAACGUUAUGUAGUGCAGGUGCCUGAAAAUGUCAACCCCAACACCAAGAUCCUGCAAGUCCAGGCCACAGACAAGGACAAGGGGAACAAUGCCAUUGUCCACUACAGCAUUGUGAGUGGGAACAUCAAAGGGCAGUUUUAUAUCCAUUCAUUUACUGGGGACAUUGAUGUAAUUUACCCCCUGGACUAUGAGGCAGUGAGGGAAUACUCCCUGAGGAUCAAAGCCCAAGAUGGUGGACGCCCUCCACUCAUUAACACCACUGGCAUGGUCUCUGUGCAAGUUGUAGAUGUCAAUGACAACGCUCCCAUCUUUGUCAGCACCCCAUUCCAGGCCACUGUCCUAGAGAACGUUCCAAUAGGAUAUUCUGUAGCCCACAUCCAAGCCAAUGAUGCAGACUCUGGUGACAAUGCCCGCAUACAGUACAGCCUAACUGACGUUCCUCCAAAUUUUCCCUUUGUCAUCAACAAUAACACUGGUUGGAUCACUGUGUCUUCAGAACUGGACAGGGAAAUGGUGGAGUUUUAUAGCUUUGGGGUUGAGGCCAGAGAUAAUGGCAAUCCAGUGAUGACUUCCUCAGCCAGUGUGACUAUAACCUUGCUGGAUGUAAAUGACAACAACCCCACCUUCACAGAGAAAGUCUACCAGCUGAGGCUCAAUGAGGAUGCUGCUGUAGGGAGCAGUGUCCUUACAAUGACAGCUGUGGACAGGGAUGUGAACAGUGUGGUGACAUACCAGAUCACCAGUGGGAACACCAGAAACCGAUUUUCAAUCACCAGUCAGAGUGGGGGUGGACUGAUCACUCUGGCUCUUCCUCUGGAUUACAAGCAAGAGAAGCAGUAUGUCCUCACUGUCACAGCCUCUGAUGGCACACGUUCUGACACUGUCCUGGUCUUCAUCAAUGUCACUGAUGCCAAUACCCACAGACCAGUGUUUCAGAGCUCCCAUUACACAGUGAGUGUGAGUGAAGACAAGCCCAUAGGCACCUCUAUAGUUUCCAUAAGUGCUACUGAUGAAGACACUGGAGAAAAUGCUAGAAUAACCUAUAUCAUGGAAGAUAACAUCCCUCAGUUCAGGAUAGAUCCUGACACAGGGACUAUUACCUCAUUGGUAGAGUUGGACUAUGAGGACCAGGCAGCCUACACCUUGGCUAUCACUGCUAAGGACAAUGGGAUUCCACAGAAGUCUGACACCACCUAUGUUGAGAUACUGAUUUUGGAUGCCAAUGACAAUACUCCUCAGUUCCAGAGGGACAGGUAUCAAGGAGUUGUCUUUGAGGAUGUACCAGUGUCCACCAGUGUCCUUCAAAUAUCUGCUACAGACAGGGACUCUGGCAUGAAUGGCAGGGUCACCUAUACAUUCCAGGGAGGGGAUGAUGGAGAUGGAGACUUCUACAUUGAACCUACCUCUGGUAUAAUCAGGACCAACCGACGACUGGACAGAGAAAAUGUACCUGUGUACAACCUCAAAGCCUAUGCUGUGGACAGGGGGAACCCACCAUUGAAAGCUCCUGUGGACGUCCAGGUGACUGUCCUGGACAUCAAUGACAACCCCCCAGUGUUUGAAAAAGACGAGCUGGAUAUUUUCGUGGAGGAAAAUAGCCCUGUAGGGAAAUCUGUAGCCAAGAUAACAGCAACUGAUCCAGAUGAAGGAACCAAUGCCCGAAUAAUGUACCAAAUUGUGGAAGGGAACAACCCUGAGGUUUUCCACCUGGACCUCUUCACAGGAGACCUAACUGCCUUAAUCGAUUUAGAUUAUGAAGUGAAGACAGAAUAUGUCAUCGUGGUCCAGGCCACCUCAGCCCCCUUGGUCAGCAGGGCCACAAUCCAUGUGAAACUGUUGGACAAGAACGACAAUGACCCAGUCCUGCAGGAUUUUGAAAUCAUUUUUAACAACUAUGUGACCAACAAGUCCAACAGUUUUCCAUCAGGGGUGAUUGGGAAAAUCCCUGCCUAUGACCCCGAUGUCUCUGAUACAUUACACUACAGCUUUGAACAGGGGAAUGAGCUGAAUCUUCUCGUACUCAAUCCUUCUACUGGAGAACUCAAGUUAAGUCGGGACUUGGACAACAAUCGACCACUAGAAGCUCUCAUGAGAGUCUCUGUUUCAGAUGGUAUUCAUAGUGUUACUGCUCACUGCACUCUACGUGUUACCAUCAUCACAGAUGACAUGCUGACCAAUAGCAUCACCGUCCGAUUGGAAAAUAUGUCCCAGGAGAAGUUUCUAUCUCCGCUUCUAUCUCGGUUUGUGGAAGGGGUGGCAACUGUGCUGUCUACUACCAAGGAGGGCAUUUUUGUCUUUAAUAUUCAGAAUGAUACGGAUGUAAGCUCCAACAUCCUGAAUGUGACAUUCUCUGCCCUACUACCUGGAGGAGUCCGCAACAAGUUCUUCCAUUCUGAGGAUUUACAAGAACAAAUUUAUCUGAACAGGACCCUGCUCACCAUGAUUUCCACCCAACGUGUUCUGCCAUUUGAUGAUAAUAUAUGUCUCAGGGAACCUUGUGAGAAUUACAUGAAAUGUGUAUCGGUGCUAAAGUUUGAUAGCUCCGCACCUUUCAUAACUUCUAAUACAGUGCUUUUCCGACCUAUUCAUCCAAUCAAUGGAUUACGCUGCCGCUGCCCCCCUGGAUUUACUGGGGACUAUUGUGAAACAGAGAUUGACCUCUGUUACUCCAACCCUUGUGGCAAGAAUGGGCUGUGUCGAAGUAGGGAAGGUGGAUAUUCUUGCGAGUGCAAUGAAGAAUACACAGGAGAAAACUGCGACGUGAGUUCACGUUCUGGACGCUGUGUACCAGGGGUCUGCAAAAAUGGUGGCACGUGCAUUAAUCUCCUUAUUGGUGGUUUUACGUGCAAGUGUGCCCCAGGAGAGUUUGAGAAGCCAUACUGCGAAAUGACCACUAGAAGCUUUCCCCCGCAGUCCUUUGUUACUUACAAAGGAUUAAGACAGCGUUUCCAUUUCACUAUUUCUCUCAUGUUUGCUACCAGGGAGCGGAAUGCACUGAUACUUUACAAUGGCAGGUUUAAUGAAAAGCAUGACUUCAUUGCACUGGAAAUUAUUGAGGAGCAAAUCCAACUGACUUUCUCAGCAGGUGAAAGCACUACAAAAGUCAGUCCUUACAUUGAAGGAGGAGUCAGUGAUGGACAAUGGCAUUCUGUACAAGUGCAGUACUACAAUAAGCCCAACAUUGGAAGGCAGGGUAUUCCUCAUGGACCCUCUGGGGAGAAGGUUGCUGUAGUGACAGUGGAUGAUUGUGACACAGCAGUAGCUGUGCGUUUUGGAAAUAUUAUCAAGAACUACACAUGUGCCGCCCAGGGAACCCAAACUGGAUCCAAGAAGUCACUUGACUUAACUGGGCCACUGUUGCUUGGAGGUGUUCCUGACUUGCCUGAGGACUUCCCAGUGCAGAACAGGCAUUAUAUUGGCUGCAUGAGGAAUUUAACGAUCGACAGCAAACCCAUAGACUUGGCUAGUUAUAUAGCCAACAAUGGCACCCUAGCAGGUUGUCCUGCAAAGAGGAAUUUCUGUGACACCAGUGUUUGUCAGAAUGGAGGCACAUGUGUUAACAAGUGGAACACCCACUACUGUGACUGUCCUUUACGUUUUGGAGGGAAAAACUGUGAGCAUGCUUUGCCAUUUCCACAACGUUUUCAAGGAGAUGGGAUUGUUAUAUUGGCUGAUAUAGAAAUCACAAUGUCUGUGCCAUGGUUUAUCGGGCUGAUGUUCAGAACCCGUCAAGCUAGUGGCAUGUUGAUGCAGGCUAAUGCAGGGUCUUCUAGGAUUAAUAUCCAGGUGGUAAACAAUCACAUUCAGUUUGAAGUGUACAGUGGUUUCAGCCAUGUAGCUAGUAUGAAAAUCCAUCAGACCCGAGUCACUGAUGGCGAAUGGCACCACCUACUCAUAGAACUGAAAAGCUCUAAGGACGGAAAGGACAUCAAGUAUCUGGCCAUUAUGUAUCUGGACUAUGGAAUUUAUCAGAACUCUGUGGAAAUUGGUAACGAUCUGCCAGGGUUAAAACUGAAAACCAUCUUUGUUGGUGGUUUGUCUGAAUCUAAAGGCUUCAUAACACAAGGAUUUAAUGGUUGUAUGAAGGGAGUAAGAAUGGGAGAAACAUCAACCAACACAGGAACCCUAAACAUGAAUAAAGCAAGUGCCAUCAAUGUGGAAAGUGGCUGCGAAGUAGAUAAUCCCUGUGAUUCAAAUCUAUGCCCAUACCACAGUGACUGCAGUGAUGAGUGGAACAGCUUUUCUUGUAUUUGUGAACCAGGCUUCUUUGGGAGAGACUGUGUUGAUGUGUGCAGCCUGAACCCUUGUGAGCAUGUUUCUACUUGUGCUAAAAAGCCGAGCUCUUCUCAUGGAUACACUUGUGAAUGCGGAGCAAGUUACUAUGGACAAUACUGUGAGAACAAAGUGGAUUUGCCCUGUCCUAGAGGCUGGUGGGGCAAUCCAAUUUGUGGACCCUGUAACUGUGAUGUGAGCAAAGGCUUUGAUCCAGACUGCAAUAAGACAAGUGGAGAGUGCCGCUGCAAAGAUAAUUAUUAUAGACCACAGGAGAGUGACACUUGUUACCCAUGUGACUGCUUUCCAUCUGGCGCUUAUGAGCGUGGCUGUGACAUGGAGACAGGACAGUGCCCAUGUAAAGCUGGUGUUAUUGGCCGCCAGUGUAACCGUUGUGACAAUCCUUUUGCGCAGGUUACUAAUCAAGGCUGUGAAGUGAUUUACAAUGGAUGUCCCAAAGCCUUCGAGGCUGGAAUCUGGUGGCCACAGACCAAGUUUGGUCAACCAGCUGCUGUUCCAUGCCCUAAGGGAUCUGUGGGCAAUGCGAUCCGUCACUGCAGUGAGGAAAAAGGCUGGCUUCCUCCUGAACUCUUCAACUGCACCACACUGACCUUCUUGGAACUGAAAACUCUGAAUGAAAAGCUUCACCGAAAUGAGACCAGUUUGGAUGGUGCCAAGUCCAUUGAAAUCGCUAGAGUCCUGCAAAAUGCCACCAACCACACAAGGACCUUCUAUGGCAAUGACAUCAGAACUAGCUAUCAGAUGCUUGUGAGGGUGCUUCAGUAUGAGAGUCAGAAACAAGGCUUUGACUUGGCAGCUACAAGGGAUGUGGAGUUUAAUGAGAAUGUCAUCCAUGCAGGCAGUGCCAUAUUGGAUCACAGCAACAAAGAUCACUGGGACCACAUUCAAAGAACUGAAGGGGGCACUGCCCAUUUGCUAAAGCACUAUGAAGAAUAUGCUAACAAUGUGGCCAGGAAUAUGAAAAAGACUUAUAUGAAGCCUUUUGUCAUUGUCACCAAAAAUAUUAUCAUUGCCGUCGACAUAUUUGACAAGGCUAAUUUCAGUGGAGCCAGAGUACCUGAGUUUAGUACAAUAUAUGAAGAUUAUCCUAAGGAUUUGCAGUCAUCAGUCCUGUUCCCCGACACUCUGUUUAAACCUCCGGAAAGAAAAGCUCUUCCUACAAUGAAACCACCAAAUCAGAAUUAUCCCAGCAGUGAGGAUGAAUAUGACUCUCAUCUGUCCAGGAGAAAAAAGAGGCAGCCAGAUCCAUCAAACCAACACGCAGUUGCUAUGGUGAUUGUUUACCGCUCUCUGGGCCAGCUAUUGCCAGAACAUUAUGAUCCCGACCGCAGAAGUCUGAGAGUACCUAAUCGUCCAGUCAUUAAUACACCUAUUGUGAGUGCAGUCGUGCACAAUGAAGGAGAGCUACUACCACCACCACAACUAGACAGGCUCUUCAUCCUGGAAUAUACACUGUUAGAGACUGAGGAGAGAACCAAACCUGUGUGUGUCUUCUGGAAUCACUCCAUCAUAGUUGGAGGCGUUGGAGGAUGGUCUUCCAAAGGCUGUGAACUGCUUUCCAGAAAUAAAAGUCACGUGUCCUGUCAGUGUAACCACAUGACCAGCUUUGCUGUAUUAAUGGAUAUUUCCAAACGAGAGAACGGUGAGGUUCUACCUCUCAGGAUUAUCACCUACACCUCCGUGUCAGUCUCACUGGUGGCUCUGCUGUUGACUUUCAUCCUGCUGGUUAUCAUCAGAACUCUGCGUUCCAACAUUCACAAUAUCCACAAAAACCUGGUGGCUGCCCUCUUCUUCUCUGAGCUGGUGUUUCUCAUUGGAAUCAACCAGACUGAAAAUCCAUUUGUGUGCACAGUGAUUGCCAUCCUCCUCCACUACUUCUAUAUGAGCACCUUUGCCUGGAUGUUUGUUGAAGGACUGCACAUUUACCGCAUGUUGACGGAAGUCCGAAACAUUGACACAGGUCAUAUGCGCUUCUACUAUGUUGUUGGCUACGGUAUACCAGCCAUCAUUACAGGGCUUGCUGUAGGUCUGGACCCUCAGGGAUAUGGGAACCCUGAUUUCUGCUGGUUAUCAGUACAUGACACUCUCAUCUGGAGUUUUGCUGGUCCUAUUGGCAUUGUAGUCGCUAUAAAUAUAAUCAUCUUUGUAUUGGCUGUGAAGACAUCGUGUGGUCGAAGGCAACGAAUGUUUGAGAAAACCGGAGUUCUCUCUACACUGAGAACGGCAUUCCUAUUACUGCUUCUAAUCAGUGCCACGUGGUUAUUGGGGCUUAUGGCAGUCAACAGCGAUGUCAUGACCUUUCACUACCUCUUUGCCAUCUUCAGCUGUAUGCAGGGUCUUUUCAUCUUCUUUUUCCACUGCAUCUUUAACAAAGAAGUGAGAAAGCAACUAAAGAAUACUUUUACAGGAAAGAAAGUCCUAGCAGAUGACACAACAACAACAAGAGCCACUUUACUAACACGAACCUUAAACUGCAACAACACAUAUAUGGAUGAUUCUAACAUGUACAGGACGGGUAUUGGAGAGUCCACAGUCUCUUUGGAGAGCACCGUCAGGUCAGCCAAGAGCCACAAUAGCUACCUUGCUUUUAUCCUCAGGGAUGAAGCUGCUCAGAAGCUCAGUAUGUCUUCAGGACAGACCCGCGCUGGUGUUACAGAGGUGGACUCCGCACAUUUCCAUAGAAACCGAACACGCUCCCAUGGACAUGACUCGGACUCGGACAGCGAGUUAUCUCUCGAUGAGCAUAGCAGCUCUUACGCUUCUUCACGCUCUUCUGAUAGUGAAGAUGAAGAAAUUGAAACAGAGCAGCAGUGGAAACCAACCAGCCCUAAAAACAAUGAGCGUGGACCUGUGCAUAGUACACCUAAAGUGGAUUCUGUACCAAAUCACGUGAAGCCAUACUGGCCUGCUGACUGCAUUACAGCCAGUGACAGUGAGGAUCAAGCUGGGAAAAGUACGCUGAAAGUAGAGACCAAAGUAAAUGUGGAACUUCAUAAUGAAAACAAGGUUAAUCACUGCGGAGAGAUACCUCAUGACAAGGAGAACGAAGCACAGACUAAGGACGGCAAGAUGGUCAACAAUCACAACAAUCAACAGCCAGAACUAAGAAAAGGUAUUCUAAAAAAUAAAGUCACAUACCCUCCUCCUUUGACAGACAAAAAUCUGAAAAACCGUCUACGCGAGAAAUUAGACUAUAAUCAAAGCACUAUUUCAUCAAAGACUUCCUCUUUAUGUUCAAACGAUGGCAUCCGUCCAGUUACAGACACAGCGAUAGCCUUAAAAAAUGCACGCAGAGAUCAUUCUCGAGAGCAAGUCAAUGGCAUGGCGAUGAGUGUACAGGUUGGACCUACAAAUGGAGAGGCUUCAGACUCUGACGGCAGUAAUGAAACUUCAAUUUGAAUCAUCAGGAAAUCGUGAAGGCUGUUAUAGUCCAGGAAUCCCUCGUCCGAAAGCUUGUGACUUCCCGAACAUCUGGGAUUAUACAGAGGAACGCAACUGUGGUGGUCGAGGAUGUAUCAUUGCUAAUGCAAUUACCUUAUUUAGCAGACUUGUGACUGCUUCAUGAUAUAAAUAAGAAACUAGAGGGCUGUGCUAUCGGGAUCCAUGAUCAAUGAACGCACCCAGUGCCAAAUAUGAGAGCAUAAGCAAGACUCCAUUCCCCUGGAUGAAAAGGACAUCACAAGAGAGGACACAGCAGAAAGUAACUGAUGGAUUCACAGGUCCAUACAUUGCAAAGGAGACUGUUUCGUGGUGUAGUCUAAGCUAAGUGACUCAAGAAUUCAUGUAAAUACCAUGGUUCUACUAUAGUAAAAUCGGCACAUGUACAGGCGGUCCUCCAUCUCUGGGUCCAGCGGCGCUGAUUUGCUUGUGUUCUGUCACAAUGUGACCUUCCGGCCUACUGAACAAUGCACACCACGAAAUGACACCAAGUGCCCUUCAUUCACUUCACCAACUUAUGUGUCUUAAAAAUCAAUGUACAAAUCUGUAAAAUGAUAUGGUUGUAGAUAUUUUAUAUAUUUUUACAGGGACUCUUAAACAAAGCUUUUUUUCUUUUGUAAAUUUUACUACUAGUUUUGUUUAUUUGAUACUCACACAGACCUGCUGAAAACAAAUAUUUUUAUACUACAAAGAUUGCACGUUACUUGAAUUUUAACUUUUGUUGCAAAAAAAAAUCAUUUUUUUUAUUCCAGAAACUUGCGUCCAAGUUCACACAUGGAAAG